AUGGUGUCCAAAUCCACAUCAACCCCAUCCAAGUCCAAAUCCGCUUCUGGAUCGGCAAAGAAGAAGACGCCAUCGCUCGUGGCAAGCAGCCUCAAGAAGACGCAGCGCAAACCCAAAGCCUCCAAGUUCAAAGACGCCACGGCACGCGAGCACCUCGAUCGCCACACCAACCAGCUCCUCGCCACACCGAGCGACAACAAGACCGACGAUGCAUUUUCCUACCACACUGGCUCCAAGGCCGACCAGCGCAGAACAAAGGCCCAGGUAGACCAGGCUGCCCUGGCGCUAGAUAUGCUCAUGAAGUCAUAG